CCGGUCCCAUACUGCAGUACUCCCCGGCCCCUACUGCGGAUGUAAACGCUGUCGAGGCAAAAAAAAAAAUGGUCGUAAACAUUUUCACAAAACAAAUCAGACAGCAAGAGGAUGAAACUGGUCGCGGGCACACGCCGAACUCUCUCCACGGAGUUAUCUCGCCUCGAAACGAAGAGCUACCUCAGUUACGCGACUACCCAUCUGCGAAGUAUGAGCUAUUUUGAUAUAUUUCAUUAUUAUUACAGUCCUGCACAGGCGAGAGGCUCUCUUUGACCAGAAGUUGGAAUUGUGUUCGCACGUAUUCAGCUUUGAAGAUGUGGGCAUUACUCUCCAUUAAACAACUCUUGACUCAAUUGCACGCAGGCAGCUUCCAAUAAGAAAGAAAAAGAAGUCAAGAGGCAAACGCUUCUCGAACUUGUGGACUAUGUAAAUACUUCUGCCGGGCAAAAAAUAUUUACUGAAGCAUCUAUGCCAGUUUGUAGCCAUGUUCUGAUGCAGGAUAUCAACCGUGGAUACUCCCCCUGUGUCUAGGCAAUUAUGAAUUGCGUUCGCGCAAACAUAUGCCGCUCGUUGCCACCACAAACCGAAGACUAUGAUCCAGAAGAAGACGAACCUAUACUUGAGCCAUCGUGGCCCCACCUUCAAGUAGUUUACGAAUUUUUCUUGCGCUUCGUCGUCUCCUCUGAAGUAAACGCAAAAGUAGCCAAAAAGUAUGUUGAUGCAAAUUUCUGUUACAGCGCUGGCCGUUGUCAUUGUAUCUGUUAUAAUACAUGUUAUCAACGGUGGUAGGUCUCAUCGAAUUGUUUGACUCGGAAGACCCCAGAGAGCGAGAUUACCUCAAAACAAUUUUGCAUCGAAUAUAUGGCAAGUUCAUGAGUCACCGAUCAUUCAUCCGAAAGACAAUAUCUAAUGUGUUCUACCGCUUUGUAUAUGAGACGGAGCGACACAACGGUGUUGGUGAACUCCUUGAGAUCUUAGGGUCCAUCAUUAAUGGAUUUGCAAUUCCACUGAAACGUGAACACCUUCAGUUCCUACAAUACGCUUUGAUACCUCUUCACAUUCCUAAAUGCGUGACUCUAUACCAUCAGCAGCUUUCAUAUUGUGUUAUCCAAUUUGUUGAAAAAGACCCAGAUACCGCGGUUCCUAUACUCAAUGGGCUUAUCCGGUAUUGGCCGUGGUCCUCAUCAGCCAAGCAAGUCCUUGUGAUGAACGAGCUUGAAGAAAUCUUAGAAUUACUUGGCCACGAACCUCUCCUGGUUGUCCGCGACACGCUCUUUGAACUCGUUGGUUUCUGUGUCAAGCAUAUCUAGUAGUAAACAACAUAACUUGUAGAUUCGCAAAUGUUUAUCAUCAGAGCAUUUCCAAGUGGGGCUAGUGUCCUCCAACACGUCACCUCGUCUCGCCUUAUGGAGUCAAGAGAUUGUAGGUAACGGAACGAACGCUGUUCUUAUGGAACAAUGAUCAACUGAUCAAUCACGGUUGUCUCUCCAAGCAGCAUGCACCCACUCUUCUGCCGAUCAUCUACACUGCUCUAGUUGACAAGGCAGAGAAACACUGGAACGCCACUGUUGAAGGACUUGUCAGUACCAGUGCAAACAAACACUAGGUCUGUCACAGAAGUAUACUACAGGCCACCAAUGUACUGAAAGUAUAUCAAGACUUUGACAUGAAGACAUACAAUGCUUGCAGAGAACGAGCAGAAGACCAGGCAGCUACGAAAAUCCAAACAGAGGCAAUGACACAAGCGCGCUGGGAACAGAUUUAUGCUCUUGCUGGAAAGAUGGAGCCUUGAAAUCCAGACUAGCAGACGUAUGUACCUCGCAACCUUCGAGAUGCUGCUGUGAGCAUAAAGCCUAACAAAUUUGCCAUCCAAUGACCUGCUCCUACGGCGAUCACACAGAAAGUCGGCCGUCUUUUGACCAUGCUUGCUUUUGGACCCUACCUGCCUCACGAGCAAAGGCUAUAUAGAAAAAACUGAGUAGCCGAGCCGGAGGCCAGGAUUUGCACUCGCCACUUUGGAACUUGUGAGACCACUACCAUCGUCGAAGAGAGUAGAACAGGUAAAAGAGACUCUAUGGCACCACCCGCCGGAAUGGGCGGCCCUAUUUGAAGGAGCAAGUAGCGUAGCGGCGUAUUAGCUUCCUUUUCUUUUAUGACUUGAGGCCGCAGGUCUGGCGAGGAGUCCAACUCGGAGGGAACUUGAAGUGUUUUACUAGCAAUCGUACUUGGCUGGGACGGCUGAGACAUUCCGCCUGGGAGUUAUCCUUAAGAAUAAACUAUCUA